CGACGCUAAAUGAAACACAGUAAAGAUGGCAAACGAUACCAGCGCAAGCCUUAGACAAGUGGUCAACCUAAUAGACGAACUUAGAGAUAUCGGUCUACACAAAUAUAUCAAUCUGCCAAGAAUAUGUGUAGCGGGAACACAAAGUAGCGGCAAAAGCAGCGUGCUAGAAAGCAUAGUAGGUAUAGACUUCCUGCCAAGAGGUGAUGGCAUCGUCACAAGAAGACCUAUCGAAUUCAGAUUGUGCAAAUUGACUGACGAAGAUGAAUCAGGUAAUAUAAAACCAUACAUUAUAUUCGAUGGAAAUGGAGAACGAUACUAUGAUUUCGAAGCUGCAAGACAGCAUAUAGAAAGUUUGACAAAUGAAAUAGCAGGAGCGAAUAAAGGAAUAGUAGACGAUCCCAUAGUGCUAUCGGUGUAUUCUCCAGAUUGCCCAGAUCUGUCGCUUAUCGAUCUACCCGGUGUCACAAGAGUACCAUUGAAAAAUAGUGACCAAACAGAUGAUAUAGAAGCACUGACAAAAGAUAUGAUAAUGAGAUAUGCAAAGGAUCCACGUACAAUUAUAUUGGCAGUAGUAGCAGCAAACGUAGACAUGUCAACAAGCGAUGCUCUGCAAUUGGCUAGAAGAGCAGAUCCACUCGGUGUUAGAACACUAGGAGUUAUCACCAAGAUCGAUCUUAUGGAUAGAGGAGCAAACGCUGUAGCAAUGCUACAAAACGAUGAAGUACCACUUAGAUUGGGAUAUACAGGAGUUAAAAAUAGAUCAGCAAAGGAUAUCGCAGACGGUGUAACUAUAAAGGAGGCACUGGAACUGGAACGCAAAUACUUCUCCGAGCAUAAGGUGUAUAAGCACCUCAAACCAACACUCUGGGGAAUACCGUCAUUAGUAGAUAAGCUCACUAAAGUAUUGUACAGGCAUAUCAGCACUGUAUUGCCAGAUCUCAAAGCUGAAAUAUCGUCCAGAAUUAAAUGUACCGUCAGCAAACUUGAAGCUUUAGGUGAGUCGGCGCCAACAGGAACCACGGAACGAGUGCAACUGCUGUGGCAAAUGACAACUGACUACUGUGAAGUAUUCGGGGGGAUUAUUAAAGGAAGGUAUGUGAGCAGCUUGCAUGACUUCGUUGACAAGGAUGCCGUCACGGGGAUGCAAAUAAGGACUAUAUACAACGAACUGCUGGAACCAUACACGACACAAAAGGUAUUCGACCAGAUGACAGAUGUUGAAAUAGAUCAAGUUAUACAAAUGCACGAAGGUGAUAGCCUGCCGGGGUUCCCAAACCCAGAUACCUUCGAAUACCUAAUACUACCACAACUACAAAAACUAGUGCCACCAGCCAUAGAGUGCCUGGAAAGAGUGCAACAGACACUAGAUCUGUUAGCAAUGAAAGUGUCACAACGAGUAUUCGCAAGGUUCCCACUGUUAUGCGAAAAGGUACUCAACCUGUCCCAAAACAUAUUCCAGGAAGAAACACAAAAUGCUAGAGAUGUAUUGGAAAAAUAUGUUGAAUGUGAAACCAUGUAUAUAUUCACAAACGACGCACAGUACAUGAUGGACAAUGCAGAGGAAAAGCUGGAACCACAAAAAGCAGGAUAUGUAAUGGAAAAGGCAGCGCAUAUAACAGAAGCUACCGGGAAAGCUAUGAAUAGAGUAUGGGAAGCUGCACAAGGUAAAAAAAGAAGAUAUAGCUCCCAGUUCAUACAAGAAAUAAGAAGGAGAUUGAAUGUAUACUUCGCUAUAGUACUGAGAAAUAUGAGAGAUUCAGUACCCAAAAUAAUAGGACACUUUUUAGUCAGGAAAGUACAAAAGAACAUGCAAUAUAAAAUAUAUACAGCCCUGACGCAACAGACACAAGAGGAAUUGGUAAUCACCUUUGGUGAACCACCACAUAUUGCCAAUGAUAGGCAACUGCUAAAGGAACAGUUGGAUGUGCUCAACAGGGCUAUGAACCUGUUACAGCGUGAUUUUAACGCCGUACAAAGAGAUGUGGAGCUGUUUGAUGCAACGUUCGACAAGGACUUAAGGAACUUUAACAUCAAACCUACACAGCAGAAGCAACAACAACCUGGAAGUCCAGGAGCGACACCAGAAGAUAUGCAAAGGAAACAUGUAACCCACCAAGUACCGCAAAACGAUAUGAUGUCACAGCCUACAAUGCAGAUGCAGAAUCACAAACCACAACAACAACGCUCUAAAGAAGCAACACAAAAAACAGUAUACCCACAUCCGCUAUUCCCAUGACGAACACACAUACAAUAUUUCAA